AUGGCUGCUAAGAUCAAGCAGAUCCGCGCCCGCGAGAUCUUCGACUCCCGUGGUAAUCCCACCGUCGAAGUGGAUCUCUGCACCGAGACGGCUCUCUUCCGUGCGGCGGUGCCCAGCGGUGCCAGCACAGGCAUCUACGAGGCACUGGAGCUGCGCGACGGAGUGAAGGAGCGCCUGCUGGGAAAGGGCGUCCAGAAGGCCGUGGCCAACGUCAAUGACAUCAUCGCUCCAAAGUUGAUCGGAAUGGAGGUCACCAAGCAGACGGAGAUCGACAAGCUGAUGGUGGAAACUCUCGACGGGUCUCAGAACGAGUGGGGAUGGUCCAAGGCCAAACUCGGAGCCAAUGCUGUGUUG